CAAACCUAUCUCCCAACCAUGGCCCCAAACUACCCAUCAGGCGACCAAGUGUCCGCCGCCGGCGCCACCGUCACAAAACCCUUCCUCCUGUCCCUCCUCGCCGCCUCCAUCGUCCUUCUAAUAACCCUCAAGAGGAAACGAACCGCCGCCUCGAAGCUCCCGCCGCUCCCUCCAACCCCGCCAUCGUGGCCGCUGAUCGGCAACCUCCCGGAGGUAAUGUUCCACAGCAAGCCCAUGUUCCGGUGGGUCCACGACGUGAUGAAGGAGAUGAACACCGACAUCUGCCUCAUCCGCCUACCCGCCGGCGGCCCCACCAUCGUCCCCGUCCUCGACCCGGCCAUCGCCAGGGAGAUGCUGAGGAAGCACGACGCCAGCUUCGCCGACCGCCCCACUUCCUUCGGCAGCCACGUCAUCAGCGGCGGCUACGUGACCGCCGUGCUGGGCCCACACAACGACCAGUGGCGCAAAAUGCGGAAGGUGAUGACCUCCGAGAUCGUCUCCCCGGCCAGGCACAGGUGGCUCCACGACAAGCGCGCCGAGGAGGCCGACAACCUCGUCUUCUACGUCCACAGACGUUGCAUGGCCGGGAAGAGCGUCGACCUCAGGGUCGCCACGCGGCAUUUCUGCGGCAACGUCAUGAGGAAGAUGCUCUUCGGCCGCAGGGUUUUUUUACUCACAAUUCUGAACAGAUUCUUCGGGGAGCCAACCUCGGAUGGUGGGCCCGGGCCGAUGGAAGUGGAGCACGUGGAGGCAUUGUUCACCGGGUUGAAGUACUUGUACUACUCCGGUGUAUCGGAUUACCUGCCGUGGCUGAGGGGAUGGAACGUCGAUGGAAAGGAAAAGAUUGUUAAGGAAGCGGAUAAGACCAUCAAAGCCCUCCAAAACCCUAUUAUCGACGAGAGGAUUCGGCAGUGGAGAAGUGGAGAGAGGAAGGAGAUUGAUGACCUCAUUGACGUCCUCGUCACUCUCAAGGAUGACGUCGAUGGGAAACCCUUGCUUACUCCCCAAGAAAUCAAGUGCCAGGCAGCGGAAUUAAUGAUGGCGGUAAUAGACAACCCAUCCAACGCGGUGGAGUGGACGAUGGCAGAGCUAAUCAACCGACCAGAUCUCAUGGCCAAGGCUACGGAGGAAAUCGAUCGAGUUGUUGGAAAAGAUUCGCGACUGGUUCAAGAAUCCGACAUCGGAAGCCUGCACUACGUGAAGGCGUGCGUCAGGGAGUCGUUUCGUCUACACCCGGUAUUUCCGUUUAAUAUGCCCCACGUGUCGACUCGCGAUACGGUUGUGGCUGGCUACCUCAUCCCUAAGGGCAGUCACGCCCUCCUCAGUCGUUACGGGCUUGGCAGGAACCCGAAGGUUUGGACCGAUCCGCUCAGGUUCGACCCAGAACGCCACCUCGUUGACGACCGAGGUGGUGUGACUCUCACGGAGCACGAUCUCAGGUUCAUAUCGUUUAGCACCAUGCUGCUAGCCAGGCUGCUCCAGUGCUUCACGUGGGCUCCAUUAGGGCCCAUUGAGCUUGCUGAGGCGGAGGAUAUAUAUGAGCUCUUUCUGGCCACGCCCCUCGUAGCGUUCCCUAAGCCGCGUUUGGCUCCCUACCUAUACCCCGAAACAAAUUAA